AUGGAUUCUACAGGCGCAUCUCAGAUUGUUGGAGCAUUAGAUGUCAUUUACUCCCCCAAGUCCAAUAAUUCUCAACGACAAGAAGCUCAAAAAUUUUUAGAUGAAGUAAAAUUAUGUUCAGAAUCUCCUUUUUGGGGAUAUGAAAUUGCAUUGCAAAACCCCACUAAUUCUAUAUUGAAAUACUUCGGGUUAGGGUUAUUAGACCAUGCAGUGAAGAAAAACUGGAAUGAUUACGACGAGGAAAAAAGAGUGGCUUUGAGAAAAUGGGUCAUGGAACUAAAUUUUGGCGUGCAGGAUUAUGAUACCAGAUAUAUCAAGGAAAAAUUAGCCACUCUAUGGGUAGAAGUGGCAAAAAGAACAUGGGGAGAAGCUCUUAAACAGACAAAUCCCACGGAAGAACAAUUGCUCACAUCGUGGGUGGACAUGGAUAAUAACCUCUAUGAACUUUGGAACAUUAACCAGUCGUCAAGAGAACUAGCAUUAAUAAUUUUCAGAAUCCUUUUUGAAGAUGUUUUCUUGUUGGACGAUCUAAUUGUUUUGAAGAGAAUGACCGUUAUCCAGCCUUUAUGUGUAAUGAUAGUUUGCCCCAUUGAAGUCUUCGCAAUAAAAUACAAAUUCAGCGAUAAGUGGACCAAGUUCAAAGCAAACAAAGAGGGCUGGUUUUCUGUUUGGAUUCCCGAAUUAAACAACGCAUUACAACAAAAUAAUUCUGAAUAUAUCAUAAGACUUUUAGAAACUCUGAAAACAUGUUUAAACUGGCCACUGACUGAAGUUAUUGUAAGAAAUGAUGUGUUGACCUCCUUGUUGACUUGUCUCUCCAGCAAUAUCCCGAGAGCACAGUCUAUGGCAUUAGAUUCGAUACACAUUUUGUUGACGCGUCCCUAUAAUAACGAGAGUCAUUAUCAAAUGACGAUAGAUCGAGUAUUCGAUAAUAUGGACUUGUUAGAUAGCGUUUAUGAAAGUUUACUGUUCGAUCCCACUGAUGAUAUAGACGAAACAAAGUAUCCUAUAAUAAAAAAGUUCGUGGAUAUGAUCAGCUGCCUUUAUGUUUGCGUCCCUAAGAUCAAGGAAACAAAUGGACAAAUUAACAAAUACUUUAAGCUUGUAUUAAAGACAACCUAUAAUCCAAGCUUAAUCGUAAGCGGAUUAACGUUGGAUCUAUGGUGUACUUGUCUUCGAAACGACGAAUACUUGCCCAAACUGGAAAAAUAUGUUGUUCCUGACUUGCUACAGUUUGCUGCAGACGCUUUGAUAUAUUAUGAACAGAUUGAGGGUCAUAUUUCCAAAAAAUUUGCCGAGAUUGAUUUUCAAUCCAAGUCCGAAUUUCAAACAUUCUGUUCAACUUAUAGGAAAAGAAUAAGAGACAUCAUUAGGCUGAUUUCGUGUGUGGAAUUGGACCUCACUUAUGAUUGGUUAAACAAUAGAUUAAAUAAUUAUUUCAGUUCUCCCUUUGGUCAGCAGGUCCUAAGUUCUACAUUUUUGGACCAUAAAUUAGAACCAUAUCUUGGUGCACUGUCUCAGUAUAUGAUUGUGGAAUGUUUUAUCAAUGGUUGUAUAAGAUGGAAGAUCUGGUAUCCAACAGGGGAUGAUUAUGAUGAGAAAUUGGAGUCCAUUUUACAGAAACUGGAAAUUUUAUCAAACCAAUUAAUUGCAUUAAAUUUAAGAGAACCACUAUUAUUGAAGAAACAGAUUCAAAAUUUCGCACUUUUUUUGACCAUGUUAAAGGAUAACGUCCUUUUCACACUUUUAGAAAAAAUCAUAACAAGUGCCACAAUGGAUUAUCCAGAAAUCAAUUUGGAAGAAAGAGGCGCUGAGUCAGACGCAGUUAGAGACUUGAGGUAUGCUUGCGGUAUAGAACUGAAUAGAAUGGCUUUAUUAAUGCCUGAAUCGCUGAAAAAAAUAUACCCAGACCUAGAAAAUGUCAUUGCAAGAAUAAUGCCCAACUUAUCUUACCAUGAAAAAAUCUCGUUUAAAUCGUUCUUAUUGAUCAUUGUGUUAAAAUCUUCACUAGAUAUGAAAGAGGAAAGGUUUGCUAGUAUUGUGGAUCCAGAACUUUUGGCCUGGUCUGAUAAAACUACAGUGGUCGGUCUUUCUGAUUUGCAUUGGUUCAUGGAACGUUUAGGUAUUGUUCAAAUUGCAGAGUAUUUUCAAAGACGUAGUAUCAACGAAAACAGCGACCUUCUAUCUAUUCCAAUUGACAAUGAGGGUAAAGAAUUAAAAUCUGAAUUAACCAAACGUUGGCAAAGUUUAUUCCCUGUUCGUGCAACAAGAAUGUUCAUUCAUUAUUCAAUGCAGAGUAUAAAGACAGAUGAAGAAUUCAAAAUGUUACAAGAUUUAUGGAAACCCAGAAUUGUACCUAUCUUACCCUAUAUUACGAGGUUGUUGUACCAAUUACAGUCAUACCAUGAUCCAGAUAAUUGGAAGGGAUUGCCUACAGUUGUACAGUCCUUUGUUAAAUAUUCUACUAUUGAAAGAUUCUGGGAGGCCGGCGCUUCAAACAAAUCAAAGGAUGAAUUUAUCGAUGAACAUAUGAAGGCGAUGCAAACUCUAAGAGACUUCGCGGACUCUGUAGGACACAUUAUUAGGUACACAAGAGAAUAUACCCUACUUGUUUUGAGUGCUAUAUCAUCGCUUGGUAGCGUUUUUUACCUUUUGGACGAAUCCCCCGAUUUACUACUGAACUCUAUUGCUAUAUAUAAGACAGGUACUAAUGAGAUAAGUCCCGGUGUUUCCACACAUGGCUGGAAACACAUAUUGAAUAUAGCUAUUCGUCCUAUAUUGAAAGGUUGUCCAAAAGAAUGUUUGGAGAAAUUCAUGCCUGCUUUUCUACCAAAAUUAUUUGAAAUUUUAGAUGUGCUCCUUUGUCAGAAAUGGUCCAUGCAUAUGAAUGAUAUGGACAUGAACCCAGUUCCAACUGACGAUGAUCAGAUGACAGAGGAAAUUCUGGAAGAAAAUUUAUUAAGACAACUAACAACAGUUGUUGUCAGAAUAGUUAUUGACUGUGUUGGGCAAGGUAAUGCCAACCCAAACAGUGCUAAAAGCAGGCUAAACAACCAUCAACUGGGGAUGAGAAAAAUCAUAUUCAAUGAUUUAAACACUCUUGCACUAUUUCUGAAACUUUUGAACCACUUAAUAUCCUUUAAAGACACAAAGUGUUCGUUCAAUUCUAUCUUAGUAAUGAAAUGCUGCUUGACCUCCGUUCUUAAUCAAAACAAUACUGUUGAUGAAUAUUUUACAUUUGAAGUGAUGAAGAAUUUAUUGCUAAACGUAUUGUGUAAUAGUGCGUUUAAAGAUUCUUUCCAUGAGGCAUUGUACGUCUUCACCGUAAUAUUUCUAACGCUGUGCAAAGAAUAUCCCUCAGCUAGAGCAUUCCUUUUUGAAAUUUCAAAUGGUUAUAAUAUUGACGAGCUAUACAAAAAUCUCAGAAGUGUGGAUGAAUAUAAAACGCAAAGGGCACUAAUGAUUGAUUUUAUAGAUUGGGUGAAGUCCACGAAUGGGAAAGAAGACAGUAAUGUGGACCAUGCGGGCGAUGAAAGGAAAAGACAAGAGAAGAGAGAAGCCAUUCUGAAGAAGGCAAAUGAGAGAUUGAUUAAGAAAAACAAAGAAAAUGGAGACAUGCUAGAUGAUCCUAAUAUCGAAGAUGGUGCUGUGGGUAAUCUCUUUGAUGACAACUGA